CGCGUGUGUGUCCGGGGCCGCGCGCGCUGAGGAGGCAGAAGGAGGCGCGCGCUCGCGUCACAUUCUUCAGAUGAUCCGCUAAUCAUCAGAAACACCGACAGACCAUCAGCGGAGCGGGACCGAGAAUGCUGGCUGAAGAUGGACGUUCCUGAAUACCUGGAUCUGGAUGAGAUUGACUUCACUGAUGAUUUACCUUACAAGAGCAUUCCCGAGCUCUGCCGGAGACACGAUGCAGCGAACGACGAGAGGCAAGCUCCGUCCAUCAACUGGGCUCGCAGCGCGGCGUCCGGCGGCGCGGGAAUCAAACCCACCGGCAUCGCUGAUGUCUACAGCAAGUUCCGUCCGGUCAAGCGCGUGUCUCCGCUCAAACACCAGCCGCAGGAGUCGGAUCCGGAGACCGAGGGCCAGAGCAAGAGCAGAGGCCUGCCGCUGUUCGGAGAGCUGGAGCACUACGACCUGGACAUGGACGAGAUCCUGGACGUGCCAUACAUCAAGUCCGAGAAGAGGAGCGCCGCGGCUAGAGCGCUGAAGCCCGACCUCAGGCAGCCCAAGCCAGCGGAUCAGGACCGUCUCAGGGCUCAGAGCGCUCACGGAUCAGAGCUGGACGCUCUUCUGUCCGACAAAGCCGACGGCGGCCCGAGCGCCUCCCCUCUUCAGCCGGCCACAGGCCCGAGGCAGGACAAGCCCUGGAGAACGCUCGGAGAAGCCGACGAGGAAACCAAGAAGACGCAGAACAUCCUGAACAUCGUGAGAGAAGGACAGAUCUCUCUGCUGCCUCACCUGGCGGCGGAGAACCUGGAGCGCAUCCGAGACGAGGACGGGAACAACCUGCUGCAUGUGUCUGCGGCUCAGGGUCACGCCGACUGCCUGCAGCACCUCACCUCGUUAAUGGGCGAGGACUGUCUAAACGAGCGCAACACACAGCAGCUGACGCCCGCAGGCCUCGCCGUCAGGAACGGUCAUCUGGAGUGUGUGCGCUGGAUGGUGAGUGAAACCGAAGCCAUCGCCGAGCUCAGCUGCACUCGCGAGCCGCCCAGCCUCAUCCACUACGCUGCGAGACACGGACAGGAGCGGGUGCUGCUGUGGCUGCUGCAGUUCAUGCAGGAACAGGCCAUUUCUCUGGACGAGGCGGAUCAGAACGGGAACACGGCGGUGCAUGUGGCGGCUCAGUACGGACAUCUCAGCUGCGUUCAGGUGCCACACCUGUUGCUCUGCUGAGAGACGCAGGGCUGUUAACACUGGCUCUCAUUCACUGACCACAUGACACACACAUCAACCUAAUCUGAGCACAAACGCUUUCCAAUCAAAAGCUUUCGUGCUAAAAAUGUUUUAGUGUUCAUGUGAUUUCAGUUGUUUCUAUGUUUUUUCUAAAUGCAGGAUAACUACGCAAACAUCACACACAAAAUACACU